AUGUCGAGCGAGGCUAGAAGAAAGAAGGAUAUUAUCCCUACACAAGAAGCAGAGGCGUCUGGGUCCAUGUCGACCGCAAGAAAGCGACGGCGGCCGCCGACUCGUCAGGAAACCGGGCCAACAUCUCCUGCUCUCGGGGACGGUACCACACAAUCGAGGAUCCCUGAUGAGGAGGAUGACGAGGAUCAGGACGCUAAGAAGAGAAAUCUGGUCAGACUGGAGGAGGAGGAGGUGGAGGAGGAGGAAGAGGUGGUCUCCUCUGCACCGAGCUCCCCGAUCUGCGAGCCGUAUAUCCCCAGAGACAAAGACGGAGCGAUGCACAACAGAUUUCGCAACCCGGCAAUAUACAACGCCUUAAGGGCUGCAGAAGAGAUGGUGGAAGAAAAACUAGCUGCCCAGAGGAAACUGCCAACACUUCACUUCGAAUCUUCCACUUGCCUAUCUCAUCAACAACUUCUCCCAGUGCGUGAAUCUGGAACAGAGGCUGUACUUCAUGCUGCCAAUUUUGUUCUCGCGCUUUCAUCAUUUGCUGAUGGCAAAGCUCUGCGAAGGUGUUCUGCCAUUUUAUUUGAAUGGGAUGAUCAUCUUAAAACUGGUGUUGUGUUGACGACGGCACAUCUAAUCCGCUCAAAUUGCCCAUCCAUUGACCACUGGUUAGGAAAGAACGAGUACCGGCCUGAUGCUAAGGUGGUUGUUCAUUUUUUAGAUGAUACAACUGCAGAGGGUGACCUCUUGUACCAUCAAGAACACUAUGAUAUUACUUUUUUCAAAGUUAAAGUCGGUCAAUGCCCCCAACUGCCUUUGUUUGUUGACAAUGUGAAAUCCGGUCAAGAAAUUUUCCAGCUUGGAAGAGAUGAGAAGUUGAACCUGAGAAUAACCUAUGGCAGGGCACAAUCUAAGAAUCCAAACAUGUAUCGAAGACAACACUUCAUGUACAUGCAUCGUAAAGAUGAUAACAAUGAGUUUGAUGAUGGAGGGCCAGCAAUUGACUUCAGUGCAAAUAUUGUUGGCAUGAUCAACAACUCUACGAGCGGAUCUUUCAUACCUACUUCUAUCUUGCACCAAUGCUUCUACUUCUGGAGGAAUCAUGGGCGCAUCCCUCGGCUCCACCUCAGAUUGAAGCUUUUCGCUAUCAAGCUUCUAGACCCUUCUCAUAUUGAGAGGAUAAGGCGAAAAUGCAAAAUUGAUAGUGGUCUUAUUGUUCAAGAGGUGUCAAGUGGGUCCCAUGCUGAGAUGCUUGGAAUCUGUAGAGGUGAUAUUAUCAGCUGUUUUGAGGGAGAGGAAGUUUCUACUACAGUCGAGUUGGAGAAAAUGAUGUUGGAUGUUUGCAAGAAUCGUUUUAUGGGAGGAAUAAACUGGAAUAGAAAAGUGGAUGUUUCGGUUUUGGUUUUCGACAUCCGGAGGAGUCACUGGAGGACCAAGGUGUUGACUCUAGAUGUUUCUGACAAGGGAGAAGUUAUCGUGAGAGCAUCUCGUCUCGUGACUGUUUAA